AUGAAGAGACGAUCUAUUCCUUGGAGGAACGGGGAAGUACUCAAUGACUCAAAAUUUAAAGGAGGGCUAGGGUUUCGCAAUUUUCAUGUGUUUACCCUUGCUUUGCUGGCAAAACAGGGUUGGCGUCUUUUGAAUGAACCUGAGGCGCUUUGGGCAAGGCUUCUUCGUAGAUUGUAUUUCCCGAAUUCAGACUUUCGACAGGCACGCAAAGGAAGCUCACCAUCAUGGAUCUGGGCUAGUCUCUGGGAAUCCAAGAAAACUCUUGAUUUAGGGACGGUGAGGGUGGUUGGCUCCGGAAAUUCAUCAUGGUUUCACAAGGAUCCUUGGCUCCCAUCCCUCGAAGGUCACAAAAUCAGCACUCCUAACAUCCCAGCUUCCAGAGUCAGUGAUUGGAUAAGGGAGGACACUAGGCAAUGGAAUUAG